ACUUCUUGUAAUUGGAUUCGAAUGCAAUACUGUUUACCGCACUCGAUGGCCAAAAUAUGUGCAAAAAAGGCACUUUAACCCUCCAAUCCAGGUGAUCACCUAGCGACUCUUUUAUAUAAUUAAAUGUGCUCUACAGAAUCCCCGAUUUUUAAGCCACUCGACUACUGCAAUGGAAACCUUUGUCCGAACGGUACAAAACAUAUCACUUGCGGCAUCCGUUUUUGGGGUCCCAAGUGCGGUAACGACCACAAGGGCAUUGUGCUGACCCACCUCCGAGACGAUAUCUUGAAGUCCUUGAACGACUUUCGGAGAAAAGUGAUUCGGGGACUCCCCGGACUGCCCAAGGCACUGAAGUUGCCGUCCAUUUCUUGGGACGAGGAGCUGUCCGUGAUUGCGAUGCGGGUAUCCAACCAGUGCUUCGAUCGCUCCAACCCGUCCUGUGUGAACACUUUUCGCUACGAGAAAGUGGGCGAGUCCUCAGAUUUUGUGACAUUGGCCAAAAAGUCUAAGGACUUCAAUGCGCUCAACUUCUUUAGUAUGUGGUUCCAAUAUUACAAGCGUUUGACUCCAGCCCACGUGUAUAGCUUUCCCGAUGUAGCCCCCGAUGACAAGCUCAGGUUGUUCUCCAAUCUGAUCUACCAGAAGAACAGGAAGAUGGGCUGCGGAAUGCUCAAAUCUAAGGGAAAGUUGUUCUUCACCUGCCUCUUUAACAGAAGGAUCAAGGCGAAUGCGACACUCUACCAGACUGAAAAAGAUGUUAUAGCCCGCUUAAAGAAACAAAAGGAACGCGCACUUGUUCAAUCGAAUCUUGUUACGAAAGAAACAAGUGAGACAUCCGCAAACAUGAAUGUAUCACUCGUUUAGGUUUUUUUAAUUUUCAACCCCCUAACUAAUCCCUGUCUUAACCCUUCAGAAAAUUCUGAUUUGAUAUAAUUAAAUGAUUAACAAACAAUGUUAGGAUUCUUUCCCUUUGAACCUCUUUAGCCUGUGACCUCCAUUUGCUUACCUAAUCUAAUAGUGAGUUACUUUCAUAACUUUGUUUAUAUACGAAUACAUUUUUUUAUUUAUCACUCAACAAAAUACGUUUUUUUAUGCCACUACCUGCUACUCGAUAAAAUCUCAAAACUAAUAGCAAACAACUCGAGGCCUUUUCAAUUUAAUUAGCUAUUUGUUUAAUCGUUUUCUCUAUGGAAAGACUUAUUAAUGAAGUUCUUCCUGGAUUUGGUUCGCAGCUAAGUGAUUCACUUUGCGGAUUUAACGGCUAGCUAAAAAACGUAUAAAGAUUGGGAAAAAAAGAUAACCCUUUCGGGAGAAAUAUGCAAAUGAAUAGAUAAACAAAGGCGAAGGGAGAGUGUAUGUAUAUAAGCCCUCGGUUCACAC